GAGAAAAGAUAAAAAUUGUGGACUUGUUUAUAGAAACCCUACAUUUUGACCAGUGAUUACACGACGGAAAAAAGCAAAACCUUGUCUUCCCCUUAUCGGAACCACCAGGCCAGAAGAAAUGGCAGCGACAAUAUCGAUGGAAAUAGCCGCAGCCACCUUUCGAACAUUUGAUAUUUUACAUACUUCUGCUGCUCGUCGUCAGCCUAAUCUUCGAUUUUUACAGCUGAGUAGGAGGACCAACAGGGCUGUUCAUUCACUUGCUUCCCAAAUUACAUGGAAAUCAAACCCCUACUCUUGUCGGAGAUUUAGGUUGUUCAGUACGGCAGCUACAGCAGCUGGACCCACCACUGAUCAAGAUUCUUCUGAUGUUCUUACCAAGAUUCCUCCUGAUAAUCGUAUCCCUGCUACUAUUAUUACUGGCUUUCUUGGUUCCGGAAAGACUACUUUACUCGACCACAUCUUGACUGCUGAUCAUGGGAAACGCAUUGCAGUUAUUGAAAAUGAGUAUGGUGAAGUGGACAUUGAUGGUUCUUUGGUUGCUGCAAAAACUAAUAUAGCUGAGGACAUUGUUAUGCUCAAUAAUGGGUGUUUGUGUUGCACAGUCAGAGGCGAUCUUGUUAGAAUGAUAGCAGAAUUGGUCGAUACAAAAAAGGGGAGAUUUGAUCACAUAGUUAUAGAGACUACAGGACUCGCAAAUCCGGCACCCAUUAUCCAAACAUUUUAUGCAGAGGAAGAGAUAUUCAACAAUGUCAAACUGGAUGGUGUUGUAACUCUAGUAGAUGCAAAGUUCGCCACUAUUCACCUUGACGAGAUCAAGCCAAAAGGAGUUGUCAAUGAGGCAAUAGAGCAAAUAGCUUAUGCUGAUCGCAUUAUAGUUAACAAGACUGAUCUUGUUGGGGAAUCAGAUAUUGCCUCUUUGACUCAGCGAAUAAGAAUCAUAAAUACGAUGGCUAAUUUGAAGCGGACAGAGUUUGGGAAAGUUGACCUAGACUAUGUCCUCGGGAUUGGAGGUUUUGACUUGGAGAGGAUUGAGAGUGCUGUAGAAACUGAAGGUUCAAAGGAGGAUCAUGGCAGUCACAAACACGAUCAUGACCACCACGACCAUGAACACGACCAUCAUGACCAUGGCCAUGACCACGGACAUGAACAUCAUGAUCACCAUUCCCAUGAUCACACUCAUGAUCCUGGUGUCUCUUCAAUGAGCAUAGUGUGUGAAGGAACCUUAGAUCUCGAGAAGGCUAACCUGUGGUUGGGUACAUUGUUGAUGGAACAAUCUGAAGACAUAUAUCGAAUGAAAGGCCUUCUUGCUAUCGAUGGGAUGGAUGAGAGAUUUGUCUUUCAGGGUGUUCACGACAUAUUUCAAGGUUCACCUGACCGGCCUUGGGAGAAGGACGAACCAAGAGUCAACAAGGUAGUGUUCAUAGGGAAGAACUUGGACAAGCAGGAAAUCGAGAAGGGGUUCAGAGCAUGUUUGAUUUAAUUUUGUAAUAUAAAAAUGUGGUGCUUGAGAUUGAUACUUGCACAGAAAAUAAGAACAUAUUUCUGGACUUCAUCAGGUUAUAUCUAUACACCAUGAUCUUUUUGCUAAUUCA